UACAGUUAAAAGUUAAAAAAUUAAAAAAUAUCAAGUGGGCCACCGACCUGGGCUGUCAGGGUCAGGGCUCAGGACCUCAGAAGUGGGGUGUGCCUGUUGCUCUCAUCCUUGUCACCUACCUGAUGCCUUUUCCUUCUGCUUCUCCCCACCUAGCAAUCUAUGAUAAAACCAAAGACAUCCCACACAGUGUCUAUAUGUUCUUCAAUACGUCAGACAUUAGGGAAGCAGUGCCUGAACCCCCAUUGCUGUCCCGGGCAGAGCUGCGUCUGCAGAGAUUCAAGUCAAGUGUAGAACAAGGCCUUGAACUCUACCAGAAAUUCAGCAGAAAUUCCUGGCGUUACCUUGGUAACCGACUGCUGUCCCCCACCGAUACGCCGGAGUGGUUGUCUUUUGAUGUCACUGCGGUUGUACGGCAGUGGCUGAACCAAGGAGAUCCAGUGCAGGGCCUGGUUUUGUGCUUUCGCUUCAGUGCUCACUGCUCUUGUGACAGCAAAGACAACGUACUCCACGUGGAAAUCAACGGGAUCAGUCCCAAACGUCGAGGUGACCUGGGCACCAUUCAUGACAUGAACAGACCCUUCCUGCUCCUCAUGGCCACCCCGCUGGAGAGGGCCCAGCACCUGCACAGCUCAAGGCAUCGCAGAGCCCUGGACACCAACUACUGCUUCAGCUCCACGUGGAAGAACUGCUGUGUGCGACAGCUGUACAUUGACUUUCGGAAGGACCUGGGCUGGAAGUGGAUCCACGAA